AUGUCUGAGCGAAGAAAAAGGAGAACUCAGAGUGCGGCAGACGUUGAGUUAGCUGGGCAAUUACCUGGUACUGAACCAAGCCCUCUUACUCAGAGAACUCGUAGGAAAUCAAAUGCAAGACAGGCUCGUUUAGUAGCAUUUCCCCAACAAUUUUAUCCAGGAAUUUCUCUUCAAAAUCAGACACACAUGAACUUAUCGCAGCCAGUAUUCAAUCAAAUGGCGUUUCAGACACCACCAAUGCCUGUUUAUCCACCACCCCAGAUGGUAAACAACUCUUUUAUAUUCACUCUACUUCAACAACAGCGUGAAAUACCAUAUACUUUAACAAUAGAUAAGACUCGCGUCGGAAAAGCAGUAUUAACAGCUCAGCAGGGCGUCCAAAAUCUUACAUUUUCAAUUAACAAUAAUAUAUUUAGAAAUGCGAUUCCGCCUAUAGAUAUAUCUCCUUAUAUCAUCCAUGGUAAUAAUUUCUUGCAAUUUUGCACUUUCGGAUUUCCCAAUCCAAUUUUUGUUGAACUUAAGCUUGAAGAUAUCCAAAAUCCAGAGCUACUACUCAGAAAAGUUAUAGAUACAUUCCCGGCAGCCCCACUAAUUCCUCAUGAUCCAUUUACAGUUCCAACACAGACAUUAGAAUAUCCGGGUCGUGGAUUUAAAUGUCAGCACUAUCAAUGCUUCGAUCUUAAAGAAUUUAUAACGCGCGGUGUUACUCAGAACUUGUGGGAUUGUCCAAUAUGUAGGCAAAUUAUCCCAUUUGAAGAACUCCGCUACGAUAGAGACUACAACAAACAGGUAGGAAUAUUUAAUCUAUCUGACGGAGAGGAUGCUACGAACUCAUUAUUCUCGGAUCUUAGCAAUCCUUUUGAUAACAACAGUUUGUUCUUGGACUGA